AUGGGCGAAUAUUAUAAAACUAGUUUUCAUGUUAAUAGCUUGAAAAAUCAGUCACGCGCUUGCGUAUUCAUAGAUUCUAGCGAUCCUACAUUACCAAAUCAAGUAAUCAACGAUGCAAGACCAUUUAUUAAAUUACCUUUUCCCCCAACGAUCGAUCCGCGUGAUUUAAUUACCGUCCUUCCUGAUGGUCGUGUUCCUACUCGUGCCCCUAAUGCGUUUAUUAUAUAUCGUCGUGCUUUUAUUGAAGCUGCUAGGGCUGAAGGUUAUAACUUUCCAAUGAACGUAAUCUCAUCUAUGACAUCACAAUCAUGGGAACAAGAACCACAAUUUGUUAAAAAUGAAUAUAGAAGGCUCGGUAAAGAAGCUUAUAACAGACGUAAUGAAAUGUGCCCUGAUUCAAAUCAACGUAGAAAAAGAGAAAAAUGGAAUCUAGUCUCUUUCAACAAAAAAAAAUCGACUGCUCGAAAAAUCAAAAAACCGAUUCAAAACUCAUCAAAGAAACUAUCGGAAAAUAAAAUUCAAAAACAACUUUGCUCGAUCACCACUUCAGAACUUGAACAAUCUCACAUUAUUGAUUUCGAUAUCGAAUCUACUCAAAAAAUGAUGAAUGAUGACUCUUUGGAAAUGUGUGAUAAUUAUUAUGAAAAAGAACAUUUUGAUUGUUGUGAACUUUAUCAAAGUUCUGAACAAUGUUCUGAGCAAAGUCCCGAACAAAUCUCUGAACAAAGCCCUGAUCAAAACUAUGAACGGAGCCCUGAACAAAAUUCUGAACAGAGUCCUGAACAGAGCCCUGAACAGGAUACCAAAAAUUCGAGUGACAACUCUCCAAUCAUUAGUAAUGAUCCAGGCUUUCAGUAUGAUUACUCUUAUUUUUCCGAUGGUACUAUCGAAGAAUCACCUCUCCAAACGCCGAUCCGUGAAACUUUUGAACAUCAAUUUGAAUCUUUACCUUCAUUUGACAAUAAUAUUUAUACCAUUUCGAGCGAUCAAAAUGAACUCAAUGGAAUCCAUAAAUAUACCACAGAUAACGUUAAUAAUCAAAUAUCUUCAAAUCCUCUUGGAAUUCAUGAUAAUUUAUUCCCAGUGGAGUUUGUAUUAUCUAAUUCAAACGACUUGCCUCUUAUAUUUGAUAACGUUACGACAUUAUUUCAAGGUGAUUUGAGAAUUGAUUUGCCUUGCGGGAUGGAUUUUGAGAGUUUUUAUUAUAACUACUAG